UGCCAGAAAUAAGGAGAGUGUCUACACAAACGGUUUGGCAGACGAAACCAAGGAGACGAAGAGAAAUAAACCAGCACCCUCUUCUCCAACACUCAGAUUUUUUCGGAAGGACUACUUUGGAUUUUUAAACAUUUUCGACGUCUUCCAAAGACACUGUUUGUGCUUUGGUGAAGUACAAGCAACGCAGAGUGAAUUUUGGACCGUGCGUAAUUUGGAGAGUUUAUUGCCACGCUGCGUCAGGAUGCGCGUCUGCCCGCUGCUGGUCUUCAUCUGUCUGCUGAGCGCUGGACGCGCUCAGAAGUUCUCCGCUCUCACGUUCCUGCGGGUGGAUCAGGAUAAGGAGUGCAACAUGGAAUGCAGCGGAACUCCUCGCAAGCCGCUGUGCGCCUCUGACGGCAGGACCUUCACAUCUCGCUGCGAGUUCCUCCGAGCCAAGUGCCGCGACCCCCAGCUGGAGGUCAUCCGAGGGCCAUGCAAAGAUACAUCCAGAUGUGUAGCAGAAAAGAAGUACACAGAGCAGCAGGCCAAGAAGCUCUUCCCUCAGGUCUUUGUGCCUGUGUGCAACCCUGAUGGCACAUACAGCGAGGUUCAGUGUCACAGCUACACUGGAUACUGCUGGUGUGUCACCCCCAAUGGUCGACCUAUCAGUGGAUCAGCAGUGGCCAAUAAAAAACCUCGAUGCCAAGGAUCAAAACAAGAAAGAGCUACCACAAGAGAGCCAGGAAAAGCAGAUGAGACUGGCCUAGUGGUGGAUCCACAGCCUGCUGUAGAUGAAGAAGACAUCAUUUCCCAGUACCCCACUCUGUGGACGGAGCAGGUUCGCAGCCGACAGAACAAUAGAACCAGAGCACCAUCCUCGUCAUGUGACCAAGAGCAGCAGUCUGCCCAAGAAGAGGCGAGGCAGCACAAGAAUGACGCUGUAUUCGUACCUGACUGUGCCCAAGGAGGGCUAUACAAGCCAGUCCAGUGCCACCCUUCCACCGGCUACUGCUGGUGUGUACUGGUGGACACUGGACGGCCCAUACCUGGCACCUCCACCAGGUAUGAGCAGCCAAAGUGCGACGGCAAUGCCAGGGCCCACCCAACAAAACCUAAGGACCAUUAUAGGAGCAGACAUCUCCAAGGCUGUCCUGGGGCAAAGAAAACAGAGUUCCUGACAAGUGUUCUUGACGCACUGUCGACAGACAUGGUGCACGCCGUCACAGAUCCAGCAUCCACUGGAAGGAUGGCCGAGCCCGACCCCAACCACACACUGGAGGAGAGGGUUGUCCACUGGUAUUUCAGUCAGCUGGACAAAAACUCCAGUGGUGACAUUGGAAAGAAGGAGAUCAAGCCAUUCAAGCGCUUCCUGCGCAAGAAAUCCAAGCCCAAGAAGUGUGUGAAGAAGUUUGUGGAGUACUGUGACAUCAGCAACGACAAAGCACUGUCCCUGCAGGAGCUGAUGGGCUGCUUGGGGGUGACCAAGGAAGAAGGGGCCAAAACAGGAGAAGGCUUAUCUUCCAGUAAACUAAAUCCCUCGAAGAAGCAAGGCUAAAUCAACAACUGAGAUUUUCCCUCCCGCAUGGAGAUUCUGCCCUCGCCAAUCGGCAAUAAUGGAAACCAUAGUAUUUGCACUUUGUACUUUAAAAAAAAUGUAAAUUCACUUUGUAGAAAUAAGGUAUUUAAACAGACUGCUGAAUCUGUGAAUGAUGUAGUUAGCUUUUUAUGUCCUGACAAACAAAAAUUAUUUAACACAUACAAUGUAUGUGUCCUUUGUGUGUCUAAAAGGUAUACUGUUCAGAGAUGUACAAGUUUUCAUGUUUUAUGUUUCAUUUUGUGCCCCUCACCAGGUGUCCUUUUCCUCUCAUGUUGAUAACAUUAAAGCAGAUAUAUGGAUAGUUUGCCACACAGCUCCAAAAAUUUAGAAUUACCAUCUCUUAAUAUAACAUCUCUUCCUGUGCUUUGUACGGCAGUUUGCAAGAAUGUUUUAAACAUACGUCAUUAAAACAUCCCACAUGU